CUCAAGUGAUCUUCCUGCCUCAGCCUCCCGAGUGGCUGGGACUGCAGGUGUGCACCACGACACGGGCGUCACUGUCACCGUUGAUCCUCCGGCCCGUUUGCUGAGGCCCAGUCACCACCAGCUGCAGUGUGACCCUCAUCUGUGGUCCCUGUUAGCUGCCCCGUAGUGGUGGGGGAGGGGAGGCUCAGGCCAGUCUCUUCUGGAAACUUGAAGCCUUCUGUAGUCCCAUUUGCACUUCAUCACAGAGAGGGGAACGGAGGGAACCCUCCCAGCUUUAAUAAGGGACAAACUGAGGUCCAAGGAGAGGCUGAAAGAUGGCUGAGUGGAACCCCAAUUUUCUGACCCCCAAUCUGUGGCCCACGCCAGCUGGAUCCCAGAAGUGACCUUUUCUCAUUAUCUCUGGGGAGUCUUCCCCUGUGGGCUUGCUCUUAUUCCUCUUGCUUAUGUCUCCCUGUCCUGAAGUGCUGGAGGAGAAAGGGACUCUUGGGGAAAGAGAGGAAAGAGAAGGGACUGGUGACGGGAGCAGGGAGGUGGACGGGGUCAUGACCGGGAACGACGUGACGUGACGUGAGCACUGCUGACUUCCCUUUCCGAGACUCAAGCUGAUGAGGGGAAAACGGUGUCGGUGUCGCAAGUGUCCUCUGCCAGAGCCCUCAGGUGCAGCCUGCCCGUGGCUGCCCCUGCCACCCUCAGCCUCUCCCUGUCCCCAGCACCUUCUCCCCUGGCUGGGGUGGGAGGUCCUGGGGGACAAGGCCAGAUCUGUGGACGACUCCCGACUGUCAGCUGCCCCACCCAUGCUCGUUUCUCCUUACCUGCAGGUGUUUCCUGAUCUCCACCCCUGUCUGUGGAUUACUCCUGGACCCUGGGGUUAGGAGCUGGAAUCUGAGUGUUACAGAUAAAAGCGUUUCAAUUGCCUCAUUUUCCUUAUCAGGCUCAGUAGGUGAAGUGACUUGCCCAAGUUCAUAAUUCUCACAGAACCAGUCUUGAACCCAAGGCUCCUUCUGUGACUCACCUCGCCUCCCUCUGACACAUGCAGUCUGAAAGCCGGGUGGGGCUAGAGCCCACAUCACAUGGACUUGGAGUCCAGUGCCCUUUUGGGUUAAGUGUGUGUGUGUGUGCACACGCAUGUGUGUGUGUGUGUGUGUUUGUGAGAGAGAGAGAGAGAAACGUGGUGGGGGAGGGAGCUUAUCACUAUCUGAAACUCUUUUCUUUACCUCUUGCCCCACAAACCCCAAAGGCCAAUUCCAUCACCCCUAGCCUGCCCCUCUCCUGUUUCUGUCUCUCCCCUUCUCUUUCACCAGUUCUCUACCCCUGGAGGGAUGAUGGUCACAUCGUCACCUCCUCCUGCAAACUAGUUAGCUUUGUGUAUUCCUAGAUUCAUUCACUUCUCAGCAUGUUUCCUUUUUUCAAAAAACCAGAAUUUUAUUGAAUAAUUUAAAACCACAUGUCUCAAAGCUUUAAACUUAUUGAGUAAAUAAGCAUUUAUCCUAAAAAUUGAAAAAAAAUUCUCCUUUGGUGCCAGGCUAUGUAUGGCUUUGGCAGUUUGCACAGACUAUUAGAAAUUCCUUGUAACAUUAAAAAUAGGACAUUGAAGUUGUUAUUCAUUAUUAAUACAGUGAUUAAUAUGGCUACCACUUGACUGCUUCGCAUAUGGCAAACACUUGCUAAACACUUUAUAUGCAUUGAGUUAUCAAACCAGCUCUGUGAGGGGUACCUGCACCUGUCCCAGUUUUCAGAUGAGGAGCCUGAGGCUGCCCCCUAUUCUUCAUGCUGGAAACUUGCGCUUUAUUCCAAAGACCCUGCUUCUUCAAGAGCCUUGCUUCGGGCCCACCCCUGCGGUAGCCGGGUCUCCCUGUGCACUGGUAGUGAGCUCUGUGGUUCAGCUUUAGCCCCCAGUUCUCCAGAAGCUGGAAGAUGGGGGGAAGUCAGCUCCCUCAGUGCUGGGGGCACCACAGCCCCAUUGUCACCUAUAGGUACUCUGCCCUCAGGAUGACAGUGGGGAGGCCAGGGAGGUGGCAGUGGGGGGGGGGCCUGGGAGGCCAGCUCCAAGGGAGAGGCCCUAGGACCUCCACCUUCCCUGAUCUCCCUGCAUUUCUAGCAGCCUGGGCUGCUUGAGGCCCUCGGGCUGGGCUGGGUGUAGGGAAGGUCCUUGUACCCAGAAAGCAUGAGUGCAAGUUGGACCCUUGCUGCAGGAUUCACUUGGGAGAUGUCCUGCACAAAUGGGGAUGGCAUAAAGUACCCAGAGUCAGGGUGUAUGGUUUCACUCAAAGGGACGGAAAGAGGUGGCAGUGCAGCUCUCACAGCCCAGGGAGGCCUGGGAUUGGAAGUCGGGGUUUGGGGUUCUCUGCUGGCUCUGCCUCCUGCUUGCUUGCCUCAGCUUCCCAUCUGUAAAACCAGGGGCUUGUGCACCAUAUCUGCAGUCAUUCUGAUUGAUGUAUCGGAAUAUCUGGGGAAAGGGCAAUGGGAACGCACAGUGACAGCUGAUGAAGAUGUCUUUAUUUCCAAAGCGUUAUCAGGGGUGUGGUCUCAUUGAUCCUCAUGGCACCACUUCCCCCAUGUAGGUGGGCAGACAUUGCUACCUCCACUCAAUAAACGAGGAACUGACCAAUGUUGCCCGUUGUCCCACAGUUGGCAGCAGAGCAAGAUCAGCAGGUGGAGACCAGCCAGGUAGAGACUAGAUGAGUACCAGGUGGGGGCAUGUGUGGCCAGGGCAGAAAGGCUUGGCACUUACUCUAAGGUUUGGGACAAGUAAAUUCCCAAGAAAUGGAAGAUUAGGUAGACCAGUGUAGACCUCUGGGGUAGAGGGAAGGGGUACUGAGGAACACUGAGUACUGCUAUGUCAGAGACUUAUCUGUCCUGUCUCAACAAAUCCUUAUAGCAAGCCCCUGAGACAGGUAAUCUCCAUUUUGCAAAUUGGAAAACAGAGAGGUUAGGUUAUGUGUCCAAGAGCACCUAGCUAAAAAGUGGAGCCUUCUGAACUGAACCCCGUAAAGUUGGCUCCAAAACUCUGGGUCUUUCCAUUGCUGUUCCAUGUGGGCAAGGCCGGUGACGGGGGAGCAGGCAGGGGACUUACUGCACCUGGGUGCCUGGUGGGAUGUGGUCGGAUCGGUGGGUUGGGGCCACCAGGCGGCUCAUCUGGGAGUCGAGUGCCUCUGACUGGGCUACAGAGAGUUAAAGAACCUUGGCCCCCUCCUCCUGCCCGCCUCCUCUGGCCUCCUCCUCUGGCUCUUCCUGUCCCGCUGCUGUUGCAACAUCGCCUCUGCCACUCUCUCUCUUCCCGUCCCACCCCCUCUCUCCUCUGCUUUAAUUUUCUCUCAGUACUCGGGACUCAGGCCCCAGUUCUGGCCUUUGGGGUUCCAGGUCACUGGGCCUGGGUUGUGGUCUCCACCCCUGAAUCUCAACUCCCAACCCCCCAACCCAAGGCACUUGGGACCUCCUGGAUGGACCUGAGCUUCCUAGGACGCCCGCUGCCACUGCCGCUGCCGCCGCUGCCACUGCCCUGAGCCCAGAUGGGGGAGUGAGAGGCCACAGGUGGCCGGACAUGGGCCUCCCCACCGUGCCUGGCCUCCUGCUGCCACUGGUGCUCCUGGCUCUGUUGGUGGGAAUCCACCCCUCGGGGGUCAUUGGACUGGUCCCUCACCUCGGAGACCGGGAGAAGAGAGAUAGUCUGUGUCCCCAGGGCAAAUAUAGCCACCCUCGUAAUAAUUCCAUCUGCUGUACCAAGUGCCACAAAGGAACCUACCUGCACGAUGACUGUCCAGGCCCAGGGCGGGACACGGACUGCAGGGAGUGUGAAGACGGCUCCUUCACCGCGUCAGAGAACCACCUUCGACACUGCCUCAGCUGCUCCAAGUGCCGGAAGGAAAUGGGCCAGGUGGAGCUUUCUCCCUGCACUGUGGACCGGGACACCGUGUGUGGCUGCAGGAGAAACCAGUACCGGAGGACUUACGGGAAUUCCAGGAGUGAAAGCCUUUUCCAGUGCCUCAACUGCAGCCUCUGCCUCAACGGCACCGUGCAUCUGCCCUGCCAGGAGAGACAGAACACCGUGUGCACCUGCCACGCAGGGUUCUUCCUGAGAGGAGACGAGUGUGUCCCCUGUAGCAACUGUAAGAAAAACCUGGAGUGCACGAAGUUGUGCCUACCCCCAGCUCAGAAUGUUACGGGCCGUCAGGACGCAGGCACCACAGUGCUGUUGCCUCUGGUGAUCUUCUUUGGUCUUUGCCUGUUGUCCCUCCUCUUCAUCGGUUUAAUGUGCCGCUACCCGCGGUGGAAGCCCAAGCUCUACGGCAUUAUUUGUGGAAAAUCGACACCUGAAAAAGAGGGGGAGCUUGAAGGAAUUACUACUAAGCCCCUAGCCUCAGCCCCGGGCUUCAGUCCUACCCCGGGCUUCAGUCCCACCCCGGGCUUCAGUCCCACCCCGGGCUUCAGUCCCGCCCCUGGCUUCACUCCCAUCCCCGCCACCUUCAUCUCCAGCUCCACCUUCACCCCUAGUGACUAUUCCAACUUCGCGGCUGCGUCGUUCCCCAAAGAGGUGGCCCCACCCCACUUGGGGGCUGACCCCAUCCUCGCCCCCACCCUCGCCCCCACCCCCAUCCCCGCGCCGCUUCAGAAGCGGGAGGACAGCGCGCAGGCGCCGCGCGCAGACGCCGAUCCCGCGACGCUGUAUGCCGUGGUGGACGGCGUGCCCCCGUCGCGCUGGAAGGAGUUCGUGCGGCGCCUGGGGCUGAGCGAGCACGAGAUCGAGCGGCUGGAGAUGCAGCACGGGCGCUGCCUGCGCGAGGCGCACUACAGCAUGCUGGCGGCCUGGCGGCGGCGCACGCCGCGGCGCGAGGCCACGCUGCAGCUGCUGGGCGGCGUGCUCUGCGACAUGGACCUGCGCGGCUGCCUGGAGGAAAUCGAGGAGGCGCUGUGCGGCCCGGCCUCCCUGUCGCCCGCGCCCCGCCUCCCCCGGUGAGGCACGGCCCCAGGGGCGGCCGGAAGGACGAUCCUGCCGGAUGUCCUCGGGACCCUGUUUUUUCCUGGAGAGGAAGACUCGGAGGGGCAGGCAGGAGCCGGCAGCCGCUUACUUGGCGCCACCCCGCGGUGUACAUAGCUUUUUCCAGCUGCCGAGCUCCGCCGCGUCGGCGGGUGCGCGGUGCGCCGCGGGCCGCGGGUGCGGGAGGCGGAGCGUGCCAGCGGCCCGAGCGCGUGGUUGCGGGGACAAGGGGCGCUACGCCUCACACCCAUCUUGAGGGCCCAGCAAGGCUGCUGGGGGGGACCCUGGCUAGUCCCUGAACCUUUUUCACAGUAUAUAAGCAAUCUUUUUUUUUUUUUUUUAAAUCAGUUAUGUUACACUAAUAGAAACUUGGCACCCCUUUGGCCCUUGCCUGGACAAGCACAGAACAAGCCGAACUGUCCUAGGGCGGGGGCGAGCACGGAACAAUGGGGCCGGGCUGGAGCUGUGGACUUUUGUAAAUACACUAAAACUCUGGAAUUAAAGCUCUGUCCCUGGA